AUGUCUUCUCCCGACAAGUCAUCGCCUCCACGCGACGGCGCCAACGGCCAAGACGAGAAGCCCCGGCUGACAGAGGAGCAGAAGCGCCAGAACCAUAUUUCCUCAGAACAAAAACGCCGUCAGGCCAUCCGCGACGGCUUCGACAAGAUGGCAUCCAUCGUGCCCGGUCUAGAGGGCCAGGGGCGCUCCGAGGGUCACGUACUGAAUGUCUCGGUCCAGUUCAUACUAGAGCAGAUCCAGGAGCGCCGCCGGCUCGUCGAGCAGGUCGAGGCGAGAGGGGGCGUUGUCUCCGACGAGCUGAAGGCCCCGCUCAAUGUGGAUUUGAGCAAGGUGAACCUUGAACAUCUGCAGCAGCGUAACGGCGGCACCGGCGGCCCGGGGAUCGCCCUCUGCGUUGAUCUCUUGGAAGGCCCUGGCAGGGCCAAGGUCUCCACGGAGAAAAACCGACGCAUUGGUAAAGGUAUGGUCACGUGGAAGGAGUAG